CGCUUCCGGGCUCUCGGAGGGCGUUAGCUGCCUUCUGAGUUCCCAGGAAGGAUGGAUCCCGGGGCAGACGCGGCGCCGCUGGUCGGCCUGGUCUGGUCGUCGGCCUCGGCGCCGCCGCCGCCAGGUUUCACCGCGAUCACCUGCACCGUGGAGGGCGCGACCGCCAACUUUGGCCGCGGUUUCGCGCAGAAGGCCGGCUACUACCUGUGCCUGAGCUCCCUGAGCAGCCUGGAGAACCCUCAGGACAAUGUGGUAGUGGACAUGCAGAUCGUGAUGGACAAGGGCCCCCUGCCCCCAGGCUUCUCCACAGUCAACGACCCUCUGGAUACCAAGGCCUCUGUGUCCAAGAAGAAACGCAUGUGUGUGAGGCUGAUGGCCCUGGGGGCAGCUGACAUGGUCGUGUGUGAUGUGAAGUUGAGUGGGAAGACCAAGACAGUGCCGGGAUACCUGCGAGUGGGGGACAUGGGUGGUUUCGCCAUCUGGUGCAAGAAAUCCAAGGCCCCCAGGCCGGUGCCCAAGCCCCGCACUCUCACCCAGGACAUGCGAGGCCUGUCACUAGACCCACCCAGGCAGCCCAGCAAAGCCAGCCACCCUGAGCGGACGCUGUCCAGGCUGGGCUCUCGGGCGUCCACUCUGCGGAGGAAUGACUCCAUCUAUGAGGCAUCCAGUCUCUACGGCAUCUCAGCCAUGGAUGGGGUUCCCUUCACACUGCACCCGAGAUUCGAGGGCAAAAGCUGCGGGCCUUUGAACUUGUCUGCCUUUGGGGACCUGACGAUUAAGUCACUUGCGGACAUUGAAAAGGAGUAUAACUAUGGCUUCGUGGUGGAGAAGACAGCAGCUGCUCGCCUGCCCCCCAGCGUCUCUUAGUCGCAGCCUCAGGUGCCACCAGGACUCCAGCAACCGCACUGACAGACUUUGCUGAUUGACACCCGGCUUCUCAGCCCGCCUGCUUGGAGACAGGGUCUCCUGCAUGGCGGGGCAGGGGCGGCCUGGGCAGUGUGACACCUUCUCUUCUCAGAAGUCUGUCUAGAGGCUGAGCAUGUUGCCAGCACUAAAUACUACUUGGUACCCACUGUGUGGUGUCUUUUAUUUUCUUUUUAAGAUUUAUUUUGUAUUAUAUGAGUGAGUGUGGGUGUGUUGUCCAUCUGUCUGUCCGUCUGUCUGUCUGUCUGCUGAUGCUCUUGGAGGCCAGAAGAAAGCACUGGAUUCUCUGGAGCUGGAAUCCCAGGUGAUUGUGAGUUCCCUGAUACGGGUGCUGGGGACUGAACUCAGCUUCCCUGUACGGCCUUUAUGCUGUUUAUGAGGCAUGAUCUUGUGUAGCCCAGGCUGGCCACUGCAUAGCCUAGGGUAAAGCUCUGGUCCUCCAGGUAUGCUCUGCGACACCUUGUUUAUGUGGUGCUAGGCAUGAAGGCUAAGGAUUUGUGCAUGCUAGGCUUGCACUCUGACACCCCAGCCGCAGCCUCGGCUUUAUUUGCUUGUCUGGGAAGGGGCACUCUUGAGUGUCCUGUGUGAAGGUCCAAGGACAGUUUACAGGAGUCAAUUCCCUCAUGUCGUGUGACCAUCUCUGCGGUAAAUCUCCAUCCUACAGUGAAGGUCCUUAAAGGAGGAAGGAAACAACUCAGUCACCUCAGGAAGUCCCUAAAACUGACCAGGUGCAUUAUGCCUGGCCCUCCCCAAGCAUGUCUAAGCAGUAGUGACUGCUGAGAGUCGCUGCCUGCGGGCUGUGCAGUGAGCUCCAGGUCCUCAGCUGUGUGAGCUGUCACCCAUGCCAGGGUGGGCUGUGGGGAUGCGGCUGCCUUUGAGCCAUUUCUGCUCCUGUAAGCAACCCCAAUAAAACUCAGUGGUUCACCAAGUUGAUGUUGGU